CCCCACACUGUUGCUGUUAUUUCAGGGCAGACGGGCAAGCUGAUGUACGUGAUGCACAACUCCGAAUAUCCCCUCAGCUGCUUCGCUCUCUUUGAGAACGGUCCCUGCCUCGUCGCAGAUGCCAACUUUGAUAUCCUCAUGGUGAAGCUGAAAGGCUUCUUCCAAAAUGCCAAAGCGAACAAGAUAGAGAGCCGGGGCACCCGCUACCAGUACUGUGACUUCUUGGUGAAGGUGGGCACGGUUACGAUGGGGCCCAGUGCCCGGGGGAUAUCUGUGGAGGUGGAGUACUGCCCCUGCGUGAUAGCCAACGACUGCUGGAACCUGCUCAUGGAGUUCAUGCAGAGCUUCAUGGGGAACCACACUCCCGGCAUCCCGUCUGUCUUUGGCACCAAGCACGACAGCAUCUACAGCCCGGCGGACACGAUGGGUCAGUACAUGGAGCUGUUCAACAAGAUCCGCAAGCAGCAGCAGGUGCCUGUAGCAGGGAUCAGGUGAAAGGACUCCCUGGAGCCGGGUUUAGAGCGACUGCAUCUUCUCCUCUGCCUGUCCCUCCAAAAAGCGGCACUGGAGGUGGCCCAAGGUUGUUUUUAUUUUUCAUUUUCUUUCCCCUGUUUCAAAGCAAAGGUCUUGAACACUAUGCGUAUUUCUUUGUGU